AUGAAUAAGGUGACAGGUCUGGCGAUCUUAUGUGAUCACACUUUCAAAGUCAUUAAAAAUAUUGGAGUAGUAAGGCCUGGCUAAGAUGAGAAAUUCAUAACGCAGUUUAAAAACUUGUACAUUAUGAGUGAAGAAGGAAAAAUCAUUAAUUGGCGACUCACUAAGGCAACUUCUUUCAAAUAAAUACAAGAAGUGCUAGAGGGGAAUAAAGCAAGACUUGGAAAACAGAACAAAAAGCUGGAGCUUAUUUGUAUUGACGACUGUUGCAAGGUUCGCAAGAAGUAUCAACCAAUAUUUAAAAAUACUCCUGGAAACUUGAUCUUUACCAUGCUUGUCAAAGAGUAUGCAAAACGUUUCUACAUGAUAACCACCUUCUCAAAAGAGCAUUUGAAGAGGAAUUUGACAGGACCAUGAUCAAGGAGAUGUUCGUUUGCAGGAAAAACCCUGCAAAGUAAAAAUUCUCCAAAACUUGAACAUUUUCCUGAAGAGGUUGGACUAUGUAGUCGUCUCUCCUCUUACCAAGGAAACUCUGGAAGAAAUAAAAAGACUUAAAAAACACAUCCUUAACAAUUGUCUAUCGGGAAUACCUCCAGGGUUCGGAACAGAGCGGAAUGAACAGCUGCACAAGCUGCUAAACAGAUCCUGUUUUUCAGGAGCAACGAGAAUCAACGUGGAAUUAGUUGUAGCGAUUCUCACUGUGCUUUUCUAUCACCACGUAGUCGGACUUUACUAA